CCGCCUGUCUGUGACCACUCACUGCUGGCCGAAUGGGACCUCGUUUUGUGGUCAAACCCCAUCCCGUCAACGUUGGCCGACGUUUUGUUGUUCGGAAACACCCCUGGGAAUGGCAGCACGCUCUCACAGAGAUCACCCUGGCACCUUGGCACAGACUCAAACGAUGCCUAUUCGUAGUAUAUCCGUACUGCCGCUUGUGCUGUUUAUUGCCCGUUGCCAUUUGCUUGGUGUUCGGAUUUCAUGCUUCAAUGGUGACAUGUGUCCCAGCGCAAUGCCGCCGCAGCGUCUGGGGUAGGUAGGUAUUGAGAUGACGAGGGAAAGGGUAUGUCGGACUUGAGCCGCCAGCCGCGGACUGGGUUUCGGGGAAGCUGACAUUCGUUGCAAUGAUGACAAGCGAUCGAUUCGUUGGAAGUUGGGUGGCGACGAUUACUGCAGAUUGACAGUUCGUUUCCUCUCUGACAUUCAGUGAUGCCAUAGCGAACGCAACGGCGUCUCCCUCCUAGCCGACAAAGCCUACUUAGUCAAGCAAACGAGCGAUCUGGCACUUUUUUUCUUGGUUGUCUUAGGGCAGCCCGUCCGAGGUUUGCGGCACCGUCCGAAGGCGUCCAGGGGGCCCAAAGCUAGCCACAGCUUGCGCUGGGGAAAGGCAUGUCUGCCAUCCGUCGCAACAUUCCCCCAAAGGAUCG